AUGUCUUCUCCGAAGAGCUUUGACAUCGCGAUCAUCGGCGGAGGUAUUGCGGGUGUCUGCCUUGCCAUUGGUCUCCACAAGCGUGGUUUGAAGACAACCUUAUACGAGCAAGCUCCCGGAUUCCGCGAAAUUGGAGCUGGCAUCUUCUUCUGGAAAAAUGCCAUCGAUGCAAUGGCGCUGCUGGAUCCUGACUUGGAGACGGCAUAUAGGAGUGUCGCCACCAGGACUGACGCCGUACCAGGUGUAGACAUUGGCACUAGUCUGGUCGAUGGUCACAGCGAGUCAGACUUGCAGAAACUACUGUUUUAUUUGAAGCCCUCGGAUACCACUGGAAUUCAUCGAGCUAAAUACCUCGAGGAAGUUGUUAAACUUCUUCCAGAGGGCAUUGUACGCCUCGAAAAGCAAGUGGACCAAAUCGUGGAGGACCAGGAGACGGGGAAUUUGACAAUGACUUUUACCGACAAAACUACUGCGACUGCUGAUGCCAUUAUUGGCUGUGACGGUAUCAAGUCGCGAGUGCGACAGUUCUUAGUGGGCAAAGAUCAUCCGGCGUGUCACGCGGUCUAUACUCAUACAUAUGUGUACCGUGGCAUGAUACCGAGGGAGGAAGCAAGAAAGGUUAUCCGAGAGGAUUAUGAGGGUAAGCAUGAGCCAGAUCCGAUAGUAAGGUGUGGGAAGGAUGGCCAUAUCCUUACCUUCCCAGUCAACAAGGGGACGAUCCUGAAUCUUGCUGCAUUUCACCACGACUAUAAUGAAUGGUCCGACCCUCUGAACACAGUUAAGCCCACCACGCGAGAUCAGUUACUAAAAGAUUUUGCAAACUUUGGAUCCCCUGCAAGGGAAUUGCUGAAGUUUACCAGACCUCAAUUAGAGUGUUGGGGCUUAUUCGAUCUCAAAAACCCCCUCCCCUUUUACAACAAGGGACGUGUAUGCGUCUUAGGUGAUGCAGCCCAUGCAACCACCCCGCAUCUCGGAGCAGGAGCCGGACUUGCGAUCGAAGAUGCUGCAGUGCUUUCAGAGCUGCUAGCCGACCCUAGAAUCGAGACCAGAGAUUCUCUGAAUGCCGCUUUGGCUGCAUAUGACAUGAGCCGUCGGUCUAGGACUCAAUGGCUGGUAGAGAUUAGCCGCGCAAUGGGUGAGCUUUAUGAUUUCAGAGAUCCAGAUGUGGGGUCAGACGUUGGCAAGAAGGCAGCCUUUUGUAAUGAAGCCGCUGAGAGGGUACAAAGUGGAAAUCCGCGGCAGAUGGCCGACGGAGCAAAAGCAUUGCUUGGCCAGUAUCUGGAUGAUCAGUCCCAGUCUGAUCCCAUAGCAAAAAUAUGA